CCCCAAGGACUCUUAUUAUUAUUUUCAUUAUUGUGGGUUUGCUUAUUUCACAUAUUUGUUUAUUUUUUGUUACUUUAUUUUAUUUUUUGGGGGCUUCUUUUUCUUUAGUCUUUACCUUCUCUUAUUACACACCACAUCAGUUUUCUUCGAUUUGUUGAUCUGCUUCUCAGACAUGUUGGUCUCGAUCUUUCUCUUAAAUGGCUACUGGGGAUCCUAGAGAGAGAGAGGGAGGGUCAGAGAGAGAGACAAAGAGACAGAGUGGGUGAAUUUGAAUUUUGAUUGGAAUUGUGAUAUGGGGUUGUGUAUGGAGAGGAAGGUAGGUAAUGAAUGAUUGUGAAAAGUUUUGAGCUUUGUGGGGCUUUGUUGGGUGGCUUUGAUUUGCUUGGACUUUGAUAUGGGUGGGUGCUUUCCUUGUUUUGGAUCAUCCAACAAGGAGGGUAGUGGUGUAAAGGAAGUGACCAAGAAGGACUCAGUUAAAGAAGGCUCAGCUGCUCAGUCUCACCAUGUUACAAGAGUUAGCUCAGACAAAAAAUCUCGAAAUGGUUCUGAUCAUAAGAAAGAGCCAGCUAUUCCAAAAGAUGGACCUACGGCACACAUUGCUGCACAGACAUUUACUUUCCGGGAGCUCGCAGCUGCAACAAAGAAUUUUAGGCCAGAAUGUUUAUUGGGCGAAGGUGGUUUUGGACGUGUCUACAAAGGUCGAUUGGAGAGCACAGGACAGGUAGUUGCCGUGAAACAACUUGACCGGAAUGGCCUUCAAGGAAAUCGAGAAUUUUUGGUGGAGGUUCUUAUGCUUAGCCUUCUGCACCACCCAAACCUUGUCAACUUGAUUGGCUAUUGUGCUGAUGGGGAUCAACGCCUCCUUGUUUAUGAGUUUAUGCCUUUGGGAUCCUUGGAAGAUCAUUUACACGAUUUUCCGUCGGAUAAGGAACCCCUGGACUGGAAUACAAGAAUGAAGAUUGCAGCUGGUGCAGCUAAGGGGUUGGAGUAUUUGCAUGAUAAAGCAAACCCUCCCGUUAUAUACAGAGACUUGAAAUCAUCCAACAUCCUUCUUGAUGAGGGCUUUCACCCGAAGUUAUCUGAUUUUGGGCUUGCAAAACUAGGUCCUGUUGGUGACAAGACACAUGUCUCCACACGUGUGAUGGGGACAUAUGGUUACUGUGCUCCAGAAUAUGCUAUGACCGGCCAACUCACUUUGAAGUCUGAUGUCUACAGUUUUGGAGUGGUCUUCCUCGAACUUAUUACAGGCCGAAAAGCCAUUGAUAAUACCAGAGGUCAUGGAGAGCAUAAUCUUGUUGCAUGGGCAAGGCCACUUUUCAAGGAUCGUAGGAAGUUCCCAAAAAUGGCUGAUCCACUAUUGCAAGGCCGUUACCCAAUGCGAGGGCUUUACCAAGCUCUUGCUGUUGCAGCCAUGUGUUUGCAGGAACAAGCGGCUACAAGGCCUCUAAUAGGGGAUGUUGUGACGGCUCUCACAUACUUAGCCUCUCAAACAUAUGAUCCAAACUCAGCCAGUGGUCAUAGUAACAGAGUUGGUCCAUCCACUCCUAGGCACAAGGACGAACGAAGGAACAUGGCAGAUGGACUGGAUAGCCCAGAUGAACCUGGACGUGGUGGGCGGCAUGGUUCCCCUUCUACGCAUAAAAACUCACCCGAUUACAGAAGGAGGGACUUGAAUACUGGCGUAGAAUUAGGGAGGAUUGAAACUGGCACAGGGUCUGGGAGAAGGUGGGGUUUAGAUGGGUUAGAGCGACAAGAGUCUCAGAGAGACAGUCCAGUGAGUGCUGGGAGAGCAAGGGAAAAUCCAAGAAAUCGUGAUCUAGAUAGAGAACGUGCAGUGGCUGAGGCAAAGGUUUGGGGUGAAAAUUGGAGAGAAAAGAAGCGAGCAAAUGCAAUGGGUAGCUUUGAUGGUACAAAUGAGUAAAUGCACCAACAUGCCAAGCAAAUUUUUCUAUCACCUUCUGAGGGGAAAAAAAAAAGUGUUGUUAGGUUCUGGGGCUCAUUGUUGAUGAAAGAGAAAUUGCAAGAGGUAGAUCAUCCUCUACGAUCUUGGUUUCCAUCUUCACCAAGGGAAUAAGUGUCCUUUCAUCGUCCGGCUUUCGCUAUUGUUUGCUUGUCAUGUCAUUCUUGUAGUUGAGUAUGGAAACUGAAUGCUUGGGUAUUGUGGUAAAAGAAAAACAGUAAGAGAAAGGGAGGUAUUGGAGGAAGGGGGUAGAUUCACGAUUUCGGGGGAUUUACUGGUGUAGCCCCACAGCGGAAUGGUUGUAUGGAACAUAUUCAUCUUUGUAUUUAUGUUCUGAUGCUCAUAUUACAGGGAGAGUCAGGACGAUGUGUAAUUUUUGCCCCAUAUAUUAGCCUGUUGUAAGUGGGGGAAUUAGUGGGUUUGGUUUGGAUGUUGUUACAUCUUUGUACUCAUACAAUCUCAUGUAUGGAUUUCUGAGUCAUGUUUUCGGCCUAUACAGAAACGUUUGAUCCGAUUGUUCU